UCGGGUACCUAACUAGAAACUGCACUCAAAUAACAAUUCGAAAGUGAUGCAAAAGACGACUAUUAAUAAUUUAGAAACCAUUUUAAUUCACACCCCUUAAAAGUUUAAUUAGAUUUAAGUAUUUUGAUCAUAGUUGCUACUGUUGGACUAUAAAAUGUUAUCGCAGAUAUUUAUUAUUACUUUGAUUGUUGGGAUCGCUAGCGCCGCGACAACAUUAGGUCGGCCUCCUCCAAAACCCGCAGCAUUAGCUGAUAAAGAAGGCUGUUACAUUAAGGAAAUAAAGGACGUUAUUCCAUUCGGUGAAUCAGUAGCUCCUCUUGGUAGUUGUCACAGGAUCUAUUGUGGAAGGAUGUUGGCCUAUGCAUCAUGCAGCACAGUUGCGACUGAUGAUCCCACGUGCCAUUUGACUGAUGAGGACCUGAGCAAACCCUACCCACACUGCUGUCCUCACCUUAAGUGUGACGCUCACGUCGACUUAAUUCCUUUGAUUGGAACACAUUAAAUAAGUAAUAUCAAAAAAUGUACUUAAUUAAACAUGAGUAUUUGCCUGCCUUAAUUUCA